CAAGGCUCCACCACGUGAGGAUGACGUCAGCCAUAUUUUGGUGAGACACCAGGAAGUGGAGUGAGACGACGGGAGACCGAAACCUGACAAGAACGACGUUUUUCCCGUCAAAUUCAGCUUUAUUUGACUUUUUGGGAGGACUUGACUACCAAAGCCACACCGAAAAUGCCCGGCAUGGAGAAGCAUCUUUUCAAUUUAAAGUUUGCAGCCAAAGAACUCCAAAGAAAUUCCAAGAAAUGUGACAAAGAUGAAAAAGCAGAGAAGGCUAAAGUCAAGAAGGCCAUUCAGAAGGGCAACACGGAUGUGGCAAGGAUCCAUGCAGAGAAUGCAAUUAGACAGAAGAACCAGUCAGUUACUUACCUGAGGAUGAGUGCUAGGGUGGAGGCAGUGGCUGCAAGAGUCCAAACUGCUCUGACCAUGAACCAGGUGACAAAAUCUAUGGCUGGAGUGGUAAAAGGCAUGGAUGUUACUCUGAAGUCCAUGAAUCUGGAGAAGAUUUCUGCUUUGAUGGACAAGUUUGAGCACCAGUUUGAGACACUGGAUGUCCAGACAGCCCAGAUGGAAGACACAAUGAGCAGCUCGACAACACUGACCACUCCACAGAACCAAGUGGAUUCGUUGCUGCAUGAAAUGGCCGAUGAAGCAGGGUUGGAUCUGAACAUGGAGCUCCCUCAGGGACAGACGGGAUCAGUCGGUACCAGCGUGGCCUCAGCAGAACAGGAUGAACUUUCUCAAAGGUUGGCCAAACUCCGAGAUCAGAUGUAAAGGACGAAUGCAGCGGAGCAACACUGUACCACACAGCCCUGACAUGGCCAUACACUACGAAAAUUAUAACUUCCUCAAAAUCUCCUAUCUUUUUUUUACAUCUCAUGAUAAUAAGAUUAUUAGACUCUGCAGAUAAUUGCUCUUGCUGGUUUUGUGUGUUGAUAACAAACUUAAAUUGAACAGGGAUGCUGGUUGUGGAAACUGUUCUUAUGUGAUGUUACUAUAAAACAUAUACACUGAACAACAUGCAUACACUUUAAAUAGUGUGGUGUAUAUAAUGCCAUAUAUUGAUAGGCCAAUGCCUCAUAACUGCGGUGAAGAAGCUUUGGUCUGGGAAGGUAUUUUCUUACUCUUUAAGCAAACAUUUUCUUGUAUUGGUACGCGUGUAUGUGUGUGCGUGCGUGCAUGCGUGUGAAGACCUUAUCCCUUCCUGGUGAAUAGACCUCAUGUUGUAAUUUACUGAUCAUUUGGAAGAUGGUUACACUUUGAAGAUUACACAAAAUAAAGUUUUAUAAUAAUAA